CUUUCUCGUGCUUUUGCCCGCUGUUCUUGUUUGUAGAGAGAGAGAGAGAGAGAGAGAGAGCACGAAAGAUUUUCCCUUCGUGCAGAGACUGAGAGAAGGAGACAGAAAAAGGAAAAGGGACAGGAAAAUCUUCCAGAACAGGAAUGCUUAGGGUUUUGGAAAUCUGAAUCCGCAAUCACAUUCCUAAAUUCUGUUAGCUUUUUUGUUUUUGUUUUUUUGCUUUUACUAUAAUGGCGACGCCAUUUCCGGGGGGUGGUGGAGGCGUAGCCAUAAUGGCUGGUCCUAUGAACCCUCUUGAUCCUUCACCAUCGAAGACCUGCUUGAAGAACUCUCCUGUCAAAUCCCCAAUCUUAAUCUUCUUUCUAUUCCACAAAGCCAUACGUUCCGAGCUCGAUGGCCUCCACCGUGCCGCCGUGGCCUUCGCUACCGAUGAAGAUAGCAGUGCUGAUAUCAAACCCUUGUUGGAGCGAUAUCACUUCCUUCGUUCAAUUUAUAAGCAUCAUUGUAAUGCAGAGGAUGAGGUCAUCUUUCCAGCUCUAGAUAUACGUGUAAAAAAUGUAGCUCAAACAUAUUCCCUUGAACACGAGGGAGAGAGUCUUUUAUUCAAUCAGUUAUUUGAGUUGCUCAACUCGAAUUCACAAAAUGAGGAAAGCUAUCGAAGAGAAUUAGCCUCCUGCACUGGAGCCCUUCAAACCUCGAUUAGCCAGCACAUGUCAAAGGAAGAGGAGCAGGUCUUCCCCCUUCUUAUUGAGAAAUUUUCGUAUGAAGAGCAAGCAUCCUUGCUCUGGCAGUUCCUAUGCAGUAUUCCUGUUAAUAUGAUGGCAGAAUUUCUUCCAUGGCUUUCUUCCUCUAUUUCAUCUGAUGAAUAUCAGGAUAUGAGAAAGUGUUUGUGCAAGGUAGUACCACAAGAGAAGCUGCUGCAGCAGGUUGUAUUUGCCUGGAUGGAAGGGGUAAAAAUGACUGAUAGACAUAUAACCAGCAAAGAUGGUUCUAAGGUCCUAUGUCAGGAUUCUGGGCCUAGCACCUCAGUCAGUCAGAUAGAGAAGGAACAUUGUGCAUGCCUAUCUUCCAAGACUAAUAAAAGGAAAUAUACGGAGCAGAAUUGUGAUCUUAGUGGUUCCAUUGUUUCAUGUCCUAUUGAUGAAAUAUUACUGUGGCAUAAUGCUAUAAAAAGAGAGUUACAUGAGAUAGUUGAAGCAGCUAGGAAGAUACAACUUUCUGGAGAUUUUUCUGAUUUGUCUGUAUUCAAUAAGAGGCUGCAUUUCAUAGCAGAAGUCUGCAUCUUUCACAGCAUUGCUGAGGAUGAAAUCAUUUUUCCUACUGUAGAUACGGAACUGUCUUUUGCCCAAGAGCAUGCAGAAGAAAAGAUUCAGUUUGAUAGGCUAAGGUGUCUUAUAGAAAGCAUCCAAAGUGCAGGAGCCAACUCAUCAUCUUCUGACUUUUGUAUGAAAUUGUGCUCUCAUGCUGACCAGAUAAUGGACAGCAUACUUAAACACUUCCAGAAUGAGGAAGUUCAGGUACUACCACUUGCUCGAAAGCAUUUUCGCCCAGAACGGCAGCGAGAACUUUUGUAUCACAGCUUAUGCGUGAUGCCUUUGAAAUUGAUUGAGUGUGUCUUGCCAUGGUUUGUGGGUUCUCUUAGCGAAGAAGAAGCAAGUUCUUUUCUUCGAAAUAUGCAUGCGGCAGCUCCAGCAUCAGAUUCUGCAUUGGUUACACUUUUCUCUGGUUGGGCAUGCAAAGGUUGUAAUGCAAAUUUUUGCUUGUCUUCAACUGUAACUGGUUGUUGUCCACUGAAUGGAAUUGAAGGGGAUACUAGCCAACCAAUCCGUACAUGUUCUGCGGAGGAGAAACCCUUUUCUGUUCAAUCUGAUAGAGACGUAGCCAAUGGAAGGCCAGCCAAGCAUAGCUCAAUAUCAUUGGAAAAGAAUGUUGCUUCUCCCCCUACAGAAAAUGUAAAUACCCUUAGAUUAUCUUGUAGCAACCAGUCCUGCCAUGUCCCUGGCCUAGGAGUGAAUGGCAAUAACUUAGGAGUGAGUUCUUUAACUACAGCAAAAUCUUUGCGAUCCUCGUCUUUCAGUCCUUCUGCUCCUUCCCUGAAUUCCAGUCUUUUUAACUGGGGAACAGAUGUAAGCUCUUCUGAAAAUGGAUGUACUGUGCGACCAAUUGACAACAUUUUUAAAUUUCAUAAAGCUAUCUGCAAAGACUUGGAGUUUUUGGAUGUUGAAUCUGGAAAGCUUAAUGAUUGUAGUGAGACUUUUCUUAGGCAGUUUAUUGGUAGAUUUCGUUUGUUAUGGGGUCUGUAUAGAGCUCACAGUAACGCAGAGGAUGAUAUUGUUUUUCCAGCAUUAGAAUCUAAAGAGACUCUUCAUAAUGUUAGCCACUCUUACACUCUGGACCACAAGCAGGAAGAAAAACUAUUUGAGGAUAUUUCUUCUGUGCUUACUGAGCUUACACAACUUAAUGAAUGCAUGAAUUGUGCAAAUAUGUUAGUUGAUCGUAAUGAUGCUUUAAAAAAGUACAAUGAGCUGACCACAAAGCUUCAGAGCAUGUGCAAAUCCAUUAGAGUAACAUUGGAUCAACAUGUUUUGCGGGAAGAACUUGAAUUAUGGCCAUUAUUUGAUAAACAUUUUUCUGUGGAAGAACAAGAGAAAAUUGUGGGUCAAAUUAUUGGUACAACUGGUGCAGAGGUUCUUCAAUCAAUGUUGCCUUGGGUAACUUCUGCUCUUACUCAGGAGGAGCAAAAUAAAAUGAUGGACACAUGGAAGCAGGCUACCAAAAACACUAUGUUCAGUGAGUGGCUUAGUGAAUGGUGGAAUGGAGCUCCUGCAUCAUCUUCACAUAGUGAUACGUCAGAAAGUUUCACUCCAGCAGGGACUGGUGGUUGUGACAACUUAGAGCAUACUGAUCAGACUUUUAAGCCAGGAUGGAAAGAUAUUUUUAGGAUGAACCAAAGUGAGCUUGAAUCGGAAAUAAGAAAAGUUUCUCGAGACUCAACUCUUGAUCCAAGAAGAAAAGAUUAUCUUAUCCAAAAUUUAAUAACCAGUCGUUGGAUAGCUUCUCAGCAGAAGUCACCUCAAGCAACUAUAGGUGAAAGCUCAAAGGGUGAAGAUGUCCUGGGAUGCUCUCCUUCAUUUCAUGAUCCAGAGAAACAAACUUUUGGGUGUGAGCAUUACAAAAGAAAUUGCAAGCUGCGUGCAGCUUGCUGUGGCAAAUUAUUUACCUGCAGGUUCUGCCAUGAUAAAGUCAGCGACCAUAUAAUGGAUCGGAAGGCUACGGCUGAAAUUAUGUGUAUGAAGUGCUUGGAAAUUCAACCUGUUGGACCUGUCUGCAGAACGCCUUCCUGUGGUGGAUUCUCAAUGGCUAAAUACUAUUGCAAUAUUUGUAAAUUUUUUGAUGACGAAAGGGCAGUUUAUCAUUGUCCCUUCUGCAAUUUAUGUCGUGUUGGGCAAGGACUUGGUAUCGACUUCUUUCACUGUAUGACUUGCAAUUGUUGCCUGGGGACGAUGUUGGCUGACCACAAGUGCAGAGAGAAAGGCCUAGAAAUAAAUUGUCCCAUCUGCUGUGAUUUUUUAUUUACGUCUAGUGCAACUGUAAGAGGCCUUCCUUGUGGCCAUUACAUGCAUUCAGAUUGUUUCCGGGCCUACACAUGUAGUCAUUACAUCUGCCCAAUCUGCAGCAAAUCUAUGGGAGAUAUGGCGGUUUACUUUGGCAUGCUUGAUGCACUGCUGGCUUCUGAGGAGCUCCCAGAAGAAUACAGGGAUCACUGUCAGGACAUACUGUGCAAUGACUGUGAUAAGAAGGGAAAAGCACCCUUCCACUGGUUGUACCACAAAUGCCAGUCUUGUGGAUCAUAUAACACCAAGGUAAUUAAGGUUGAUUCAUCAUCUUCUCACUGCUUAACUUCAAACCAAUAAGCCCCAUCUGGAUCUGCACCAAGCCAAUUUUAUAGUUAUAGCCUUAUUAAGGCUAUAAAGGGGGAAAAAAAUGGGGCCUUUUAAUUAUAUUGUAUUUUUAUAUAAAUAGUAUUAAUUAAUUUAUGUUUACAAUAUAUUUCAUUUGAUUCUUUUU